ACCCAUUUGUAUUAAACAUGAGCCGUGAAGAUUGGGUUGACUGUUAUCGUAACAAGACAGUACUAAUCACAGGAGCAACUGGCUUUGUUGGAAAGGCUAUAUUAUGGCACUUGUUAAAGACAGUAGGAGGUGUUAUUGACAAGGUCUAUGUGCUCAUUCGACCUAAAAGAAUUCCUGGAGGUAGUCCAUCUCAAAGACUUUUAGACGAGAUCAUAAAUACAAGUGUAAGAAAAAAAAGCUUAAGUUAUCCAAAAUAACCUUAUUUCAUAGGCAUUUAAACGUUUAAUGGAUAAAAAAUUACUUGGACGAGAAAAAUUGAUACCCAUAUCUUAUGAUUUAACAUUAUCGCAACUGGGGUUAUCUAUGGAAGAAAGCAUGCAGAUGAAAGAUACAAACAUAGUCAUUCACUGCGCAGCUACUUCAGAGUAUGAAAGUUCUUUGGAAUGGAAUUUAGAAACAAAUGUGUUGGGAACAAUAAGAUUAAUGGAUUACCUCAGUGCAUGCUCAAAUAUAAGUUCUUUCAUUUAUCUUUCACCCAUUCAUAUUCAUACUUGUAUUCCAACUGAGAAUGAAGAUACAUUGAUUAAGGAGCAGGUAUAUGAUCUUGCAGGGCUGGGUGAUCCAGAGGAAUUAUUGAAGUCACUUCUUGGCGCUGAUGAAAAAGGUAAACUGAAGCUGAAUGAAGUAUGUCACAUAUCCUAAUUUGGGCAAAUUAUAAUUAUUAGAACUGCCGAAUUACGUGAAGCGAAUCUUACAAAAAUACUCUACACUACACUUGUUUACAAAGG